ACAAAAUGCGUUAUUAUAGUAUUAUUAUUAAUAUUAUUAUUAGCAUAAGUAGUUUCCUCAUUAUCUGAAUUUGUAUAAAAUAAGAUACAUGGCCCAUGUUACAUACUGUGGUACAGUAGGUGGCGGUAUGCACCUGUAAAGUCACGGUUGCAAACGUGGCAACCCGCCAUUAAACUAAAAGAAGAAGAAGAAGAAGAAGAAGAAGAAGAAGAAGAAGAAGAAGAAGAAGAAGGGCAAAAUGCGGUAGUUUCCCUGUGAAAACGGGAGGGCUGAUUGGUAAUUGGUAUGACUUGUGCACCCGUCCCUGUUGUUUGCCAGCAUCUACCGCCAGAGGGCGCAAAGUCAAAACGUGUGGGGUUUUCUUCCCCAAACAAAAACUGUUCUAUAGCUAUCCUCGUUUCCAUUUCCUCGUUGUUUUCCCCCACAAUUCAUCAAAGUAAAAUUUAAUCGUCGACUGACCUGACAACCUUAAAAUUACUAACUAAUCGACGACGGUUCACUCGUUGCUAUGUCCUACUUAGCAGGCUAGCCUCGUUACCGGCUUGCUAGCUAGCAACUGUUAUGGUGCUAUACGUCAGCACGUCAAACUGACUCACCGAAAAAGACAAACUCGUCAAACAACAUUAUUUUUUUGAUGAGGGUGACGCCUGAACGUUCACCAAAAUGAGGAGACUGAACAAAAAGAAAGCUUUAACGCUGGUUAAAGAGCUGGACGCCUUUCCCAAAGUACCCGAGAGCUACGUGGAGUCAUCAGCCAGCGGGGGUACAGUGUCUCUGAUUGCGUUUAGCGCCAUGGCUGUUUUAGCCUUCUUGGAGUUUUUCGUGUACAGAGACACAUGGAUGAAAUAUGAGUACGAAGUAGACAAAGAUUUCAGCAGCAAACUGAGGAUAAACAUCGACAUCACAGUAGCCAUGAGGUGUCAGUAUAUAGGUGCCGAUGUUCUGGACCUGGCUGAGACAAUGGUUGCUUCUGAUGGCCUUAAAUAUGAACAGGUUAAUUUUGACCUGUCGCCACAGCAAAGACUAUGGCACAUGACACUUCUUCACGUACAGGAACGUUUAAGAGCGGAGCACUCCCUGCAGGAUUUGAUCUUCAAGACUGCGGUAAAAGGAGCUCCAUCUGCUCAGAUUAGCAGUGUGGAUGGCAGCUCAUCUUUGUCGGCCUGUAGGAUUCAUGGACAUCUGUAUGUCAACAAGGUCGCCGGAAACUUUCACAUCACAGUUGGCAAGUCAAUACCACAUCCCCGAGGCCAUGCCCACCUAGCAGCUCUCGUCAGCCAUGACAGUUUUAACUUCUCUCACCGCAUCGACCACUUGUCUUUUGGAGAAGACGUCCCAGGCAUCAUCAGCCCUCUCGACGGCACAGAAAAAGUCACAACAGACUCUAACCACAUGUUUCAGUACUUCAUUACCAUCGUUCCCACCAAACUGAACACCUACAAGGUCUCGGCCGACAUGCACCAGUACUCAGUCACAGAGAGGGAACGAGCCAUAAACCACGCUGCCGGCAGCCAUGGCAUCUCAGGGAUCUUCAUGAAAUACGACAUCAGCUCUCUGAUGGUGAAAGUCAGCGAGCAGCACAUGCCACUAUGGAAAUUUCUUGUCAGGCUUUGUGGUAUCGUUGGAGGCAUCUUCUCCACUACAGGCAUGCUGCACGGCAUGGUGGGCUUCUUGGUGGACGUGGUCUGCUGCCGUUUCCAAAUGGGAAUCUACAAACCUCUCAAGGAGGAGGAUCCUGUGAAUAUGCAGCAAGCCAACCAUCAAGCUUCGCCUCCCGCAGAUUCAAACAACGUUGUGAGUCAGCUGACAUCACAGUCAUCCUGAUUUGUAAAUGAAUGUGCCCUUGAAAAAAACAACACGAAAAACAAAUGCGCAAGCAAAGCAAACUGAGUGUUUGAAGGUGGAUUACAGGCUAAUACCACACACACUCACACACACACACAAAAGGUGCCUACGUGUAAAUGUUUAUUAAAUCAAACCUUCAUUCUUUGUUCUAUAUAUCAUCAUGACAAGUAAACAAUCUCUCGUCCACCAUGUCAAGACUUUAUUUGACAGUAUUUCAGAAUAUCUUUCGGUAAACAAGUUUUUUUUUUUUUUUGGUUUGUUUUUUUUUAACAUUUUUUUCAUAGCAAAAUGUAAUAUAUCAGUACUGUCGCAUUUCAUAAAAAUAGUUGUUAACGUCUUUGAAACUACAGUAUCAAUGAUACAGUAAACCAUAUUUGUAGGAAUACAGCUGUACAAGGUGAAGCAACACCAACACACGAAUGCAGGUUGGGAUGGACGGGUGCCAUUGCUCUUCACAGGUUUUUCUUUUUUCUUUACGGUUUAUAAAAUGACUCACAAUAGGCAGGGAGGCAGGGCAGAGGUGUGAGUGUGGAGAUUGAGGACAUUUUCUCUCACUUUUGACCUUUUGGCCAUACCUUUUAAAAAAGAGCUCAAUAACUUCUUAAUACACAUCACAAACCAGCUUUGUCUAAUUGAGACACGUAUGGGUGAACAUCAGUCUAGUCAACACAACUGUGCAAAAGUCUUGGGCCAUCAAGUUUUUAAAUGUAACCUCCGCUUGACACUACAUUUUGACUCAUUCCAUAGUUGGAUAGCAUGCACUGAAAUUGUUAACUAAUAAUAAGGCUGACACUUAAAAUUAAGCAGAAAGUUACUUAAAUUGAAAAUAAUGUUUACUCUUUUACGAGGCCGUGGAAAAAGUUCAUCCAAACAACAACGCUGGUGUUGGCCAAAGACUUUUUACAUACUAUUAGCAUCUCAGACAAACAUGCUGCAUUCAGGCACAUCCAAAAUCUCAACAAACAAAACACCUUAUUGACUGCAAUUUAAUUUGUGUUUGUGUAUGUGGGGGGGGAAAAAAAAUAGACAAGAUGCUGAGAAGUUGUGAUCUGAAGUGACAAAAAGCACAACCUCUAAGGUGGAACACAAACCUCAAGUUUGAAGCAAUGAAAAGUUGAGUUUUAUCUCGUAAACACUGUAGUAAAAAUUUAAGCCAAAAAAAAGCUCAACUUUGUUGACGCUGGAGUAUUACUGCUUAGAAAGAGUUUGUUUUUAAGCAUUUGUUUGGAUUUCAAAAUGUUCCAAUUGGAAAUAAUGGAAAUGAUCUGUUCCACGGUCAACCCGUCACCAUUAUAACUCUUAACUGUAGAGACAAUGUUUUCAGUAACGUUUGAACAUUCUUAACUCACUUAGGAUAUAAUGCAAAGGUGAUUGGAGCCAUGCAUCUCAAUUUUAAACUUCCUACAAGUGAAAAAUUAGUUAAGCACAGUUAAUAGUAAAGCAGAAAAAAAAACAGUAGUGUUGAUUUGAACAAAUGAUGUUGACCCUGGAGAAUGACUGCUUUGAAAAGUUUGUUUUUAAGCUUUUGUGUAUGUCAACAUUUUUCAAUAGGAAAUAAUGGAAAUGAUCCGUUCCUGGGUCAAACUGGCCCCAUCAUAACACCGCUAUUAACUAUAGAUGUGACGUAACUUUUUAACAUUCUUAACUCACUCAGGAAGUAAUGAAAAGGUGAGUUGUCCCACGCAUCCUUUUUACUUAACGGGCCUAGAAAUGUAAAAAGAAGUUAAGCAUUGUUAAGUAAUUUUUAAAAAAGCAUUUUCAACCUUGUUGAGUCCCCUUUUGGAAUAACCGUCACAAAAAAGCUUGGUUUUUAAGCUUUUCUAUGAAGAAAUUGAUUUAUUUUUAUACUUGUGCAAUGAAGAAUUAAGAUUGAGGAGCAAAUCAGGGUGCCAAUUGCAAUGUGGAUGUCAAAAGUCCAACAUGUUGCCAUGUUACAUUUAUUAAGUACGUAACAUUCCACCUUGGAGGUUAAACUGUCAAAUAAAAAAAGCACCUAGAAAUGUCAAUGAGUUGAUCAUGACUAUUAUAAUUAUUAUUAGAAUGAAGAGUAAUGCUAUAACACUGACAUGAAGACGCUGUACACUAGCUUUAGUGACGUCAUACUGCACUGUAGAGGCGUUGCUGAUAUGUGUCGCUGUCGAAAACUCCCUAAUUAGUUUUGAGUAAGGCACUCCGCCCUCCCCUGUCCAUCAUCUUCCUCACACUUACUGAUGCCCCUCUCCCACAGUGAUGUGGUACACAUAGCACAGUUAAAAAGGCAUAGAAAUGGGGAAUAUAGACUUGGACGAUGCUUUUUUUUUUUGUUGGAGCUUUAAAUGAAUACAAGACAGGUUUAUUAUAAUAAUAAUAGUGCACAAUGACUGCAUGGUUAUGAUCGAGUUGUGUACAUAACUCAGAGGUGUGCGUUCUUACCGACUUCAGUUUCAUAAAAAAAAAGAGAAGGAAGUGGUCCUCUUGUUUUGCAUUUCAUGCACAAAACCACCUGUAUGGGUCGCCCACUUGGUGACGUGUCUUUGAUAUGUAGCGGAGGCCCAGGUAGGAGAAUUGGAUCCUACGUAAUGGUGUUUCCCCCCGUCGUCUUCUUGUUUGAAUAAAACACCACAUGUACAUAUUGUUGACAUCUUUACAGUAUAUACUCGGAGACAUGUCCACCAAAAGUCUUGUCUCUGUCAGAGUCCACACUCUAUGUUACAACAGCUGUGAGAGUUUUGCUCUUUAAGGUGGUGGGUGUAAUAAUCAUCUCAUAAAUGAAUGAACUAUGAAGAGUGGAUGGGGAGGAUAUAGGUGAGCUUUGUCCACAGGAUCCUUUCUACCUGCUGACAGUGGAGGUCCAAGACCUCAGGGUGCCAGGCAGCUUAUCUGGCCCAGGCAUGUUCCAAGUACCUGCACUCCUUGCAGGUGGUGUUUCUCCGCUUUUAGAGGGGCAGCAGAGCCCAACGUGGCCACUGGGGCGCUCCUCCUCUCUGGGGUAAACUCCUCUGGACAGCAGCCUCUCCUGGAGGCUCACAUGUGCAUCUCCACCAGCCAGAGAGGCUCCGUUGGAAGUGACGCUCACAUAAGGGUCCCAAGGCCAGAGAGUACCCACCGCCUGGGUGUUCAUGCCCUUUCUGUCACAGCAGGGGGAGCAAGUGUUCCUCUGUCGCUCUCUUUUUUCAGCAGGCCUCCCCAAGACAGCUUUAGUAGGCAAAGCCCGAGGCUGCCUGUCUACCUCCGCAGACCCCCUGACUGUGCACUUCUUCUGGGUGGACCUGCCACCUGCGGCCCCUCGAGCCGAGGAGCUGUGGUCUGUCACUUGCAGAGCUUUGUCUGCCGUCAUGCACACCGUGGCCUCUAGAGGGAGCUGAUGAGGGGAAUCCAGGGAUGCGGCUGGAUGGGAUGAAGGCAAUGGACUCUGGUGGACUUCCAGGGUCACUUCCUGCAGGGUAGAGUGGAUUGUAGAAAGGGCAUCCCAGGGGCUGACACAGUCUGUUGGAGACCAGAGACAAGCGUGAAGGGAGGAAAGAAAAAUAAUCCACUGCAUUUGCAUGCAAAUAUGGACUAAAGUAUUGGGACACCUGGACAUUGAAACUACAGGGUAUAACCUCAGAACAUAAACACCUUAAAAGUUGUACAAUCUGGGAAGCAAACUAAAAUGUUAGGGCAAUGUGUGCGUAUAUUGUAGUCACACACAAGUCAUGCAUGACACCCUCUCCACUCCUUUUCCUAUCUUGUAUAUACUGGAAUGUCAAUGCAAGGCUGUGUCAUACCUUCACUAUUUUUACCUCACCAAAUGGAUAAUAUAAAUUAUAAAGUCAAUUAAAACAUAAGCAAUAUGUUUACACGAGUCAAAUAGACUCGAUACAACAGGAGUGCACUUAAAGAUCUGCUGCAAAAGCGCCAGUCAAAGAUGGUGGAUAUGACAGUGCUCUGCUGUGUUUAAGAACUGACUGCAGAAAUAGUCAUCUGCCUGUCAAACAUUCUCUAUGACUGGAGCGCUCAACUGUUUCCUAUGUCGUGCUUACCGUAGAUUACAUUCCUAUUUGUGUGACAGAUAGUGGGUAUGAGUACAAACAAACAUGUAGAGGCUCAUUUGAAAACAGCAACACACACAGAAUUGUCUGUGCAUGACUCCAUGAUCAUGCAAACGGUAUGACUCAGCAUGGCGAGAAGAAAGAAGACAUGCAGCUUGGCACAAACCGUGUCUUUAGAGUGGCCCAUUAGGAAGAAAUAGGGGGAGCUUAGUGUGUCACCUUUCAUGCACAUGGACAGGUUGGAAGGUACCAUUCCUGAGAGAAGGCAAGUAAAAGCCGACAGUAGAUGCCAGUCAUUCCACUCAAAAAAUACUUGCAAUUAUAGACAGUAGAAGACACGGAGACAAAUAUUAAUAAUAGAAACGUGUGCUUGUUAAUCUAUGGAGGAAAGACACGCGUUAAUUUGUUAUGUGAACGUGAGAAAGAGUGAACCAACACCCACCAUAUUCAGGCACCUGUCCCGUGCCUCUUUUUAGCAGCAGUCUGACCCGUCUGCCCCCGGCCUUGAUGAGCUCAAUGGCCCGGGCGUGAGUCAUGUCCCGGGUGCUGUCCCCAUUAAUCUCUAUGAUCUGAUCCCCCACCUGAAGGAAACACACAGACUUUACAGUGUUUCCAUACCCUAAAAAAACUGUACACACGGCAAUUAACAUCUCUAUUCAAUUAACAACCGAGUCAAAAAAUAGUGCUGUGUCAAAAAACAUUAGCAACAUCUUUCAGUCUGUAAAAUUGCAGAAUCAGCAUUUGUGACAUGUGUUUUCUCACAGGCAAUUCAUACUGUCAAACGUUUGCAGGAUUUCUUGAAACGCUAGCUUUUCAACUGUUUUACGGAGCAGCAUUUCUUUUGUGAUGACUUACUGAGAACGCACACAAUUUUCUUCUGUUCUGUUUGUAUUUACUUUGCCGACCAAACGUCUCAGUGACUUUUGACUGUCGGGACAAAGGUUCUGCAUCUUGAUGUGUCGUUUUUUUCCUAGAUGGGAAAACUGAGUCGCGUGGAUAUGUUUGAGUUGGGCAAGUCUCUGUGUUACUGUGUGGGGACACUACACUAUGCUUCCAUACAGAAAUGUAUGGCUUGACAUGAUGCGCAUGUAUUCAUUACGCUAAAAAUAACAGCCAAUCCAUUUAUUGCCUGCUUCCAAUUAAUGUCCUGUCCUUGCGGUUAAGCAAAAUAAACGCCGCGGCUAUAAUUUGCGGUACCCAUCAUCUUGUGCAUGCGUGCUCACCCUCAUCCUCCCAUUACGUAUGGCGGGGCCGUCCUCUGCAAGGCGUAACACAAACAGGUCCAUCUUGUACUCUCUGCCUCCACGAAUGCUGAAACCGAAACCUUUGGAACUUUUCUCCAGCUCCACUGUGAAGUAAUCAAAGUCCUGCAGAGCAGCAACAACGCCAUCAUCAUCGUAAACACACAGCAGGUAAAGAUAGUGAUCCAGAAAAGGUAGCCAUGGUUGUGUACCUGUGGUCUAAAGUCUGCGGUGAUGCUCAGGGGGAACUGUGCGGCCGCAGGGUGCUGUCUGAAGUCCAGCAGGCCAGGUGGGUGCCGGUAGUCCAGCGUCGGGGGCUGACGAUAGUCGGUCACCGGUGGGUGACGGUAGUCUACUGGGGGUUGCCUGUAAUCAGUGAACGGAGGAUGGCGGAAGUCAGGUUUGACAUCCUGUCUGGCUUUAACCUCUGACCUGUGAGGAGGGGGGGAAAGCAACACAAUCUGAGAGAGUCUUGUUUGGGCAAAAGGGAUGACGUGAGUACAGUGCUCGCUGGGUACAAGGAGAUGUUACACACCACAGCUUAGCUGACUAUUGAAAUUGCUCCUCCACGGUUACAUUUGGGAUGCACACGUGCAUGUGCACAAAGUGUGUGUGUGUGUGUGUGUGAGUUGGGAGGGAUACUCUGAUACACACAUGCAUGCACCCAGCCUUGGAUAUUUACAUUCAUGAAUAUACAAUUUAAAAAAAGAUAAAAAAUGAAUUCGAAUUAAAAUAAUAGGAUAAUAUUUUUAAAAUAAUUACAUAUAAUCUAUUCCAUCAUCUACUAUUAUAUUUGACUCUUCCCCCAGCGCGCACAAACGUGGAUGAAAACAACUACUUGAGAAAAGCAUUGGUCUUUAUUUUGUAUGUAGUCUGACUAGCUUGGCCUACAUUGGAUUGGUUUUAGUGUCUUAUCAACACAAAUGUAAAGAAUAUGAAAGUGUUCUUUCAUUCUUUUUUUGUAUGCAGCCUAGAGGGUCAGUCUCUUAAAAAAAAUCUUGCUUUUUAAACUUUCAUCAAGUAAAAUGGGCAGAAAGCCACAGCUGGGGUAGAGUGCUACUCUCAAAUGUAUUCUUCUCCAUCACACACAUGCACACACACACACACACACACACACACACACACACACACACACGCCUGUCAGUGAUUGCAGGAUUGGUGCAUUAUACAAGAGAUACCUUGGAGGUGCAUUAUUCACUGUCAGUGACUGUAAAAGCUUACUGGUGUUACUCUGGAAAGUAAGUUGGCUUUCCUGCCUCGACUUCACUGCGAGAAAGGAGAUGUUGGCACACUCUCCUCUAUUGAUUUUCUUUGGCAUCUGUCACAUUUUAAAGCCCUCCCGUGUCUUCCAUCCAUCACUAGGACAUGUGCCCUUCUAGUCUGCGCCUUAAUAUUGUUGAUUGUGCGGAGGCAAUGUUUUGAUUGCCAUUAGUUAGUAUGAUUACACAAAAAAACGACAUAAUCUAGUCCAUAAAUGUCCUUUGUUGCACAUGUGCUAAGUGAAAAACCCUUUACAUUUUGGCGUAAAUCUGGAUAACGGUGCAGAGCAAUGGUGAAGGCAUGCAACACAAUGAAGGCACCUGUUGUAACUCCGUAAUUAUUAUUAUCACUUUUUUUUCUUUUUGAUAUUUUGCACCCCAAGAUAUGCCACUAUUUGCCGUGACAGUCCACUUGCUUAGGGUCCAAAUGGGGGCAGUGAUCCACCUCAUCUGGCAGAUGGAGCUGGGGUGAAAAAAACAUUAAAUGUACAUUAAAUAUGUACAUUACUGCCACCUACAGGUGUGCAGUGAAACAGUAUCAUUCGUCAAGUGUGAAUUUUCAGUCACCAUGGAGAUGUUUUGGAUCUUUUGACCUUGGCAGAGCCUGUGCUCUAUGUGGGCCUCUUUCCCGUACCAAUUAAGCGAGUUAGAUGUCAGUCAGGGGAACUAAACUUGUGGCCUGACAGUUCAACUGACACUUUUGGGAAAAAAUAAGCCACAAAAGUCAAACAAAGAAUGUAGGGGAUGAACUCCACACACAAUUCUUUUUUCAUGACGCCACCAAAGGCAUCGAGGAAAUGUGUGAUGAGAACCAUAGAACCAGAAAUAGAACUUACCACGACAUAGGAAGGAGUCUGGCUGGUCACUACCAUAUUUGACCAAGUAGAUGGUCACCAAAACAUACUACACAUUUUUGAAUUCCAACAGUACCUACAAAAGGCCAGUAGUGAUAGUAUCACUCGAUGAACACCUUCCUUUUCCCUCUUUCUAAGGUGUCUUACAUGGUAAACAUCAUUUUAUACUUGUAGGACAGUUAAGCGUGUUAAAUAGUUGAAGCAUUGCCUGUUCAGUACAACUGGUCCACAUACCUGCCGUCGUGGAGAUAGAGCUGAGGCGGAGGUCCAGCGGGAUGCGUGACGGGGCUCUGCUGGGUUCCAGCCGGCGUCGGGUGCGAUGCCGCCGAUGCAGGAGGACAAAUGAGGAUUUGGCUUGUCUGAACUGGUGUCUGAGCGGGCUGGGUCGAUGCCUGCUGGCCCGUCUGAAGCGUCAUUUGACACGGCUGAGAGGCCACCUGGCCAGGCUGCGAGGCUACUCCCGGACCGGUCAGGGCUACGGGGCUGGGCUGGGCACCAUGUUUCUGUGUCAUGGGGCUCUGCUUCUCUGAGCCAGGCCCAGACUGGGACCCUGUGGGGGCGGGGUCACAUGACUGAUGACACACUAAGUUGAUGAGUUGAACGUUACUGUCACACAAAAAGAGCACUUGCCUUCCUCUGGGAUGAUGUGCAGUGUGACUGUGAGGCCAGCGUCUUUGAUGAGCUUGACGAUGUCAGCGUGAGGCAUGCUGAUGAUGGAUUGUCCGUUCACGGCCAGGAUGCGGUCGCCCACUUUCAACUUGCCACAUCUGUCUGCCGGGCUGCCCUCGAUGAUACGGCCUAUUUUAUGGGGCACAGCUGGAAACAGGAAGGAACAAGAAUGAAAAAACGCCAGUCCAACGUCUUCUAUGUUGACGAUACUCAGUACUAAGCGAUUAAGUGUCCAAAUAUAUACACAAUUAUGCACUCACUGAUGACAGCGGCGUUCUCGGGCCUGUUGAGAGAGCUGAUGAUGACGAAGCCAAAGCCCUCAUUCUCUUUGCGGUGAAUGACCACAUCGCUGGUCUGCAGGGCUGAGCCUUCCUGGUGAGAGCCGGCCAACGCCACGGACACCACAGGUGGGCCCGAAGGCGUGUCGCUUCGAGGCGAGCUGUGCUGAGUGGACACCAAGCUGGGACUGCGGCCGUUCACGGGGCACGCCUCACCUGGAGGUUAAAAAAACGUCAUUCAGGAUAUGUUACAGGGACAGCAUCAUCAUCAUCAUUAACAAUCUUUGUGUUCCUCACCGAGCAUCUGGACCCUCCUUCUCACAGUCAAGCUGACUUGGCCGUUGCGAGCAGCAGCGUGCAUCAGGUCAAUGACAUACUUGUGCGGUUUCCCGGCAACCACGUUUUUAUCCACGGAGAUGAGCUCGUCGCCCGGCCGGAGUCGCCCGUCACGCUCGGCGGGGGUGUUCUCGAUGAUGGCACCGAUGACAAUCUGCUUAAAGACAACAAGAAAAGGUGGCUAUUAGCAGCAGAGAUUAGCAUUAGCAUUGACCACACAUGCUGACACUGCUAGAGCACAAUAGCAAGGCUUUUACUCAGUAUGGGAGGCACUGAGCAGCUCUACGUGUGUGUGUGUGUGUGUGUGUGAGACAAACAAGAGAGAAUGACAAUAUUCAUGACAAUAUUAUUGUAAUCAUAUCAUUUUAAUAACUGCUCUUCAUUUCACAAGAAAAAAUGAAAAUAAUGAGAGUAAUAUGCUAUUCGAAUCAAAAAACCCAUAAAUAAAGGAGACAGAACAUCUUUCCUUUAUGAGAAAAAACUUUGUAUUUAUUUUGAAUUUAUUAAAUUGUAAUAUUACAAUAAUUUCUUGGGAGAAUAUUAUUAUAGUAAGACUGUAAUAUUAUAAGCUGCUGUUGAUUAUAUCCACUUUAUUUAUUAAUAGCACUAGUAUGACUGAUAUUGUGGUAUUGAGUUUUUUGGCAUAUAUUGUGUGUAUUGUUUAUUAUAGUAUUAUUUGUGAUUUUUAUGUGAUCACACAUUUUCACAUGUGGACGCAUGAAUUUCCCCUGUUGGGGAUGAAUAAAGAAUCUAUCUAAUAUGUCAUGUUAUGAGACAAUGUGGUCAUUUUCAGAGAAAACUCUUCUUUUUACAAGAAUUUUUUUUUUUUUUUUACAAUUUUACGAGAUUAAAGUUG